AUGCCCGAGUUAAAAGAAAAAAAUUAUUAUGAAGAAACAAAUCCAUCUCAAGAAUACGAUUUUUAUGAAAUAUUAAAUGUAGCUAGAGAUGCAACUAAAGAAGCAAUAACGCUUGCAUAUCGUUCCAGAGCAAUAGAAUGUCAUCCUCACAGAGAUGAAGAAAUGAUAUCAGCAUUGCUCCCAUCAGAUGGAAAUUGUGAAAAAAGAAAAUUUCCACAUAUUCCAUAUUGUAUCCAAUGGAUACUUAUAAAUCGUGCCUAUGAUAUUCUAUCUCAUCCGUUGCGGCGAGAAAUUUACGAUAGGUAUGGAACGUACGGAUUAUAUAAUGGUGUACCGCUACCAAAUGGUUAUUUUCAACCAUAUAAUUAUCAUGGCGAUUGUUUUAAAACAUAUGAUGAAGUUUUUGGUUCCGAAACACCGUAUGCGAAUAUAAUAGAUGCUAUUUUUAAGCCACCAUUAUUAUAUGCAACUGAAAAUGGAGUUUGUCUUAAAUGUAAAGAUGAUCCAAUAGAAAAGAAUAUAUUUUUGGAUUUGAAAGAAAUUUAUAUGGGGACAAUUAAACGCAUGAAAAUUUUGCGAUAUGAAUUAUGCAAUAAAGAUAAAUCAAAAGUUGAAAAGAAGGAAAAAAUAUUAAUAGUACCUAUUUCGCCUGGAACUUUUACAAAUACAAGGAUUGUAUUUAAAGAAGAAGGUGAUCAAUUUCCUGAAAAAAUUCCAGCUGAUAUUAUAUUUAUAGUGACUGAGAGACCAGAUAAUAAAUUCACACGAGAAGAAAGUGAUUUACACAUGUCAUAUGAUGUUGAUUUAAAGCAAGCAUUAUGUGGUUUUCAGUUGGCUCUAGAAACAAUUGAUUGUAGAAAAUUAAAUAUUUUGAUAAGUGAUGUAAUACAUCCGGGCUACGUCAAAGAAAUAAUUGGAGAAGGAUUACCUAAACUUGGGAUGAAAUUUGAAAAAGGAAAUUUAUAUAUUCAUUUCAAUGGUAUGCUAUAA